GGGGUUGGAAGAUUUUUUGGUGUUGAUCUUGUUGAUUGAACGAAAAUAAGUAUUUGGUUAUGAUACUUUUGUUAUCCGAUUUCAUAUAAUAGAAUUUGUGAGACUGCGUGCAUGACGCUCCAAAGCCCCCUUUCGUUGCCCUCUAACCCGCAACCCGAUUUAUUUACUGACACAAUGAAUAUGGCUGAUUCACAUGUUGCAAAUAUUGUCAACGAGAUAUUGCGGGUGGAAGCAGUCGAGGAAGCAUUCAGUUGCUUCCUUGUUCACAAACCAGAGCAAGAAAAUGAAAGAUUAUCAAUGUAUCAGAAAAAGCUAUGUGCUGUCAUGACUACUCUUAGCACGGACUUACAGGAAUCCGCCAUCCGUCAGUACCUUACCCUAACUGCAGUCCUCACCAACAGAUACAAAAUGAAGCAACUUCUUACACUUUUAGAAAAUUUGGUGAAUACUAAUAUUCUACAAGCCAGAAUGUUAUGUGAUUGCAUACUUGCAAGUGAGAAGCUUGUGUAUGAGAAUGCAGACUACUGGAUAGAAUGCUUUAACCUAAUUAGACGUAUCAUUGGAGGGGUGGACUACAAGGGAGUUAGAGAAAUUAUGAAGAAUUGCCGUGAGAAAGCUCAUACACUGCCAAUGCGAUUGAACUCCAGUACUAUGCCACAGAUGAAAGCUCUUUACAACGUUAUUGAAUACAUUUUUGACCGUAAUGCUUCCUUGCUGCCAGCAUAUUUUAUAGUAACUGAGGUACAGAAGGACUAUCCAGAUAAUAAUCACUGGCCACAUUGGCAACUCGCUAAACUGUUGACUAGUUUUGUGGAGAGUUUUAAGCCCUGUGCACAAAUGGUCUCCAUAAUAGGACAUUCACAAAUGCUGCCAGUUGUUGAAUUCUCUGGCUAUGCCGACCAUCUUAUAAACCCAUGGAGAUUAGAUCCAACUACAUUGAAAUUUUCAUUAAAAGGUAACUUGCCUUAUGAUGAUGAACUAUUGAAACCGCAGAUAGGCUUAUUGAGGCAUGUACUCCAACAGCCAUACUCUAGAGAUAUGAUGUGUUCCAUGCUUGGCCUGCAAAAGCAACAUAAGCAGAGGUGCAUAGCACUUGAAGAUCAACUUGUGGAACUAAUGAUAUUGCCAAUGGAAAGGAGCGAACAAGAGACUGAGGAUGAUGAGAUGUCUUCUACUCACUGGUGCUGGUUACAUCUAUCAUCACAGGUUAUUUACCUGAUUUUGACCGGAUUUGCUUCAUUUCCAAACAUAGUCAUGGGUCUUCACAAUAAGUUGAUUGGUCGUGACAUGAAAAAAGGCAGAGAUCAUCUCAUGUGGGUUCUCUUGCAAUUUAUAUCAGGCAGCAUUCAGAGAAACCCUUUGUCUAACUUUCUACCCAUAAUUAAACUUUAUGAGCUAUUAUAUCCUGAGAAGGAACCUCUACCAGUACCUGACUGCACCAAAGCCCAUUAUGCGCAAUACCAGAUGGCUGUUGUGUGCAUUUGGAUGCACCUGUUGAAAAAAGCUGAAUCUGAGCAUAAGACAAUGACCAUGCCACAAAACUUGAAAGUGCAAUAUGAAUUUCUUCAACAUCUUGUGAGUUCAAACAAUACACCAACUCUACUUGGUACUGACUACAGAAUAGCAUUAUUAUGCAAUGCCUAUUCAACAAACCAAGAAUAUUUUGCAAGACCAAUGGGUAUCAUCAUCGAAACUCUGUUCGGUAGCCAGAAAGCGAUGCCUAACGGUAACCCUGCUGCGCCGUUGCCAACUGUUCCAUUGUCUAUGAACAUUCUAGAUAGCCUGACACUCCACUGCAAGAUGUCAUUGAUUCAUUCGAUUGUGACGCAUGUUGCAAAACUGGCACAAAACAAGACUAAUAUUCCCGGCAGCAACAUGAUGGCCCCGGCGCUCGUUGAGACAUACAGUCGCCUUUUAGUUUAUACAGAGAUUGAGUCUCUGGGAAUUAAAGGAUUCAUAAAUCAAUUAUUGCCUAACGUAUUCAAAUCGCACGCCUGGGGUAUCCUGCACAAUCUGUUGGACAUGUUCUCCUAUCGCAUCCACCAUAUUCAGCCACAUUAUAGAGUGACUCUCCUGUCCAACAUACACUCACUUGCGGCCUACCCACAAGCAAACCAAACGCAAUUGCAACUUUGUUUCGAGAGUACGGCUCUUCGUCUAAUAACGAGCUUGGGAAGCUCUGGUGUGCAGUUGCAGAUGUCCAGAGUGGUAUCUGAGCCUAAAUCCCUGGUUUCCUCUGAGAGCGAAGAGCUGAACCGCGUGUUAGUGCUAACUUUGGCACGCGGCAUUGCUAUGACUGGAACAGGCAGCGAUGGCGCGGCGGUAAAGGAAUUGCUGACGACGAUAAUGACCAACACGCCUCACAUGUGGUCUCAGCACACUCUGCAGUGCUUCCCGCCAGUGCUUGUGGAGUUCUUUAAACAGAACCCAGCCCCAAAAGAGAACAAGCAAUUAUUAAAGAAGUCAGUGGAGGAAGAAUAUCGGAAGUGGACUUCGAUGGCGAACGACAACGAUAUUAUUUCGCAUUUCUCUGUGCCCGGCACGCCUCUAUUCCUUUGUUUAUUAUGGAAGAUGAUCUUCGAAACUAAUAGGAUCAGCCCUAUCGCAUUCAAGAUAUUGGAACGCAUUGGCGCCCGCGCGCUGUCAGCUCACCUACGUAAAUUCUGCGAUUUUUUGAUGUACGAGGUGACCAAUCCGGUGACGGGAGGCACGCACAUCAAUAAAUGCGUAGACGCCAUAAACGACAUCAUCUGGAAGUAUAACAUUGUCACCAUUGACAGACUUGUCUUGUGUUUGGUGUUAAGACCAAAUCCGGACGGCAGCGAGAGCCAAGUGUGCAUCUACAUCAUCCAGCUGCUGCUGCUAAAGGGCUCCGAACUGAGGAACAGAGCUCAGGACUUCAUUAAAGAAAACUCGCCGGAGCACUGGAAACAAAAUAAUUGGUAUGACAAAAUAGUAGCUUUCCACCGAAGAUAUCCUGAAAAGUUCACACCAGAAGAGGCCAACACCGCUUACGGCACUCCUAUUCCAGUUUACUUGAGCAAUGUAUGUUUGAGGUUCAUACCAGUUCUGGACAUAGUUGUGCACAGGCAUUUAGAGAUCCCUCAGGUUAGCAAAAACCUAGAACAGUUACUCGAUCAUCUCGGGCAUCUCUACAAAUUUCACGAUCGUCCUGUGACAUUUUUGUACAACACAUUACACUAUUACGAGGUGAAACUUCGUAACAACGCCUUACUAAAGCGUAAACUGGUAAAUGCCGUGCUCGGGUCAUUAAAAGAGGUACGACCUGCAGGCUGGGCCACGACAGAAGCGUUUCAGACAUAUCUUUCGAAACCAGACGUAGAGGCUACCACAUGGGCACCCGACCUCAACUACUAUCUGAGUUUGGUAAAUAGAAUGGUUGAUACAAUGACAGGCAACUCCCACUUUCCAAACUCGGAUUGGCGAUUCAACGAGUACCCCAACCCGUCAGCCCACGCGCUGUACGUUACUUGUGUCGAGCUCAUGUCAUUGCCUCAGGCGCCGAACAUCAUCGGGAAUAAUCUGCUCGACGUGAUUACCAAAGGUUUCGUGGUCAUACCCACCACCAAAAUACAAUUGUGGAUCAAUGCAAUUGGUCUCAUAAUGGCCGCCCUUCCUGAUCCAUAUUGGACAACAUUACACGACAGAGUUUUUGACCUAAUAGCGAACAAUGAAAUGGUUGAUUGGGCGUCCCCUCACUCCCCGUUCCAGCUGUUCAAUUUGAAGACUACGAACGACGCCAUGCUGGAGAAUAAAUACAGUUUGGUUCUGGCGCUCGCACAUGCAAUCUGGUACCACGCUGGUUCUGGGCAGAUCAUGCAAGUGCCGCAGUUUAUCAAAGAAAAACUAUCGCCCGAGAUACGAACGGAGACACAGCUGCUGUUUCUCUGUCACUUAGUAGGUCCGUUUCUGCAGAGGUUCAACUCUGACCUGUCACGCACGGUCAUGGACAUCACAAUUACGCUUUACGAGCUCCUCGCACACAUCGACAAAGCGCAACCUCAUCUGCAGUAUAUCGAUCCCAUAUGCGACUUACUUUACCAUAUAAAAUACAUGUUCGUCGGCGACACGUUAAAGAACGAAGCGGAGAGCGUGAUCCGUAAACUGCGCCCGGCGCUGCAAAUGCGACUGCGGUUCAUCACGCAUUUGAACGUGGAACAAAUCAACACUGCCUAGCAGAACGAAUACUACAGCUAUACACCUAGCAGCUCCAGUUCUAGCUCGGAGUAGGUAUAGCUGUAGUUCACAUCACGUAUGUAUAAAAAACUAUCAUCACAAUUUAUGGUUAUUCGUAAAGAUACACUCGAAUUUGAACAUUAAGUGAUCAAUCUAACACAGCUCAUCACACUUUAUUAAUUUAAUCAUCUGCAUUAUUAC